GCACUUCCAGUCAGUAGAAAGAAGGAAAUUUAAUGAAGUGUGGAACCUAAAAGAUGCAGAAGUUAAAGACCUUCUUAAGAAAAUCUUGACUGCUGACUGUUUGAUACAUGACCAGAUUCUUGGACUACCUUGGGAACCCCCUGACUUAAAGUUCCUGGGCCCUGAAGAAGAAUCUUUGCAAAAGAAUUGUAAAAAAUCAGAGACAUCAGCUAUGGAUUUUAUUCAAAAUCUUUUUUACUCCAGAUCAGAGACAGGGCCUGAAAAGUGCAGUGAAACCUUGGCAGCCGUUACUGAGGGUACAACACAAAGAAAUCUUUCAUCUUCUGAUAUAAGGGAUGUGUUGGAGGUUCUCUGUCAAGAGAUGCAAUUUCUAUUAGACCAAAAAGUGGAACAGCUGACAGAUCCACUGGAUGAAAAAGAGAAACUACUCAUGACUUUGGAUGCAAUCUUUAAUGUGCUGGGAAUAGAAACUGAAGAUGAUGUUUUUAGCCUUGUUUCUCACUUUAGUGUUUUGACUCAAGCAACAAGUAAAAAGAAAUAUUUCAAAAACUUGAAAACACAGGAUGUUCUUCUGGCUGUUAGAAACUAUAUGGCUGAUUUUUGGUCAAGAAGUAAUCUUCAUUCAGCUCCCAAAAAGUCAGUUUCUAAUCCAUUGGGCUUUACAUAUGAUGCCAUCUACUGGAAUAAGUUCCUUGAUGUAACCUCCCAAAGUCAGCAGCAUUUGUGGGAAGCCUUACAACAGGGAUUAGAUAAGUAUUAUGUAACCCUAACACAGCGAGCUAAUCUGCUCAACAAAGUAUUGUCACUUAGAUAUCACAAUCAUGAGCUGAAACGUUUGCUUGAGCAUCAUUAUAAGUCAUAGUGAAAGACCAGUCACAAAGACCCUCAGAAUCUGUUUCGGCAUGUUAUGAUCUUUAAAGAGAAUGAGAAGACAUUCAACAAGACAAAUAUGAGGGAAAAUAUAGAUUUUUUCUUUAUAUUUACUGAUAAAACACAUGAUUCAGCUCUUAAAAAGUAAUAUAAAUUCCUGUCUUAAUUCUCAACAAUAUAUAAUUCAUCCAC